AUGUCAUCAGGUGAUAUUUGUUUAAAGAGAUAUAGAAUGUAUGAUUUUCAGUGUUGGGAAUGUUUCGAGUUGUACAACUUACCAGUAACUUUGUUUUGUGGUCAUUCAUUUUGUAAAGGUUGUUUAGAAAAGGCUUUAUUAGUUGAACAGAAAUGUCCAUUCUGCAGACAACAUUAUGAUUUACCACUUCCACCAGUUGAUUUGGAACUUCACAAAAAAGUAUUAAAAUUAAAAGGAAUUGAAGUAGUUGAUGAUAAUGUUAAUAACAAUAACAAUAAUAAUAAUAAUAAUAACAAUAACAACAACAACAACAAUAGCAAUAAUGUUGAUUUUAAUAAUAAUGAUAUCAAGCCAAUGGAAGUUGAUAUUGUUAAACCUAAACCAGCUCAACAACCAUUCAAUAGAUUUGAAUAUAAUUAUUUGGCCAAUUUACCAAUGUUAAUUUAUUUGGAUUUAUUCCAUUAUUUCUCACCAAAAGAGAUUGUUCAAUUUGCAUUGGUAUGCAAAAAGUUCAAGACUAUUACUGAGGAUAAUUGGUUAUGGAGAUAUAAAUUAAAUCAAUUUUGCCCAUUUAAUGAUGCAGAGAAAUAUAAUAAUAAUUACAAGGAUUGUUAUAAAUCAUAUGUAAAGGUUGGAAAUAAUAUGACAAAGGGAGCAGCUGGAACAUUCAAGAUGACAGCGUUGCGUGGACACUCUGAAUACAUUACUUCAUUUGAUCACGUAAACAAUACUUUGGCAACUGGUUCGUUGGACAAUACCGUCAAGGUGUGGAAUUUGGCAACUAAUACGUUGGCAUUUAAUUGUGAGGGUCACACUGCUCAGGUGAAUGCAGUGCACCUUAGCUCGCAUACGUGUACUUCGUCGUCUCUCGACUCGACUAUUCGUCUUUGGGAUCUUGAGAAUGGUGAUAGUUUGGGUGUGUUGGAACGUGCCAAGACAACCGAGAAUGUGCGUUCGUUUGCAUACCAACCAUACCGAUCAAAUACUUUGGUCUCUGCAAUUGGUUCCAAUGUCGAUGUGUGGGAUGUGACCAACCGUUCAAUCACAGCGACUGUUCCCAAGGCUCAGUUGACUGGUGUACCCUACAAAGUAUCGUUUACACCCUCUGGCAACCUCCUGAUCAACACGAGUGAAAGUUUAGAGUGUUGGGAUAUGCGUCGUCUCGACCGCGCCAUCUACAAGUUGCCAUCGGCCCAUUCCUUCCAACUCAAUGCAACUGGCAAUACAAUCGUUGCAUUAUCAACCAACCAACGUUCGAUUUGUACCUACAACACUGCAAAUGGCACGAGAAUCGGUACUCACUCUAAUAAUCAACUGAUUGCUGACCAACCGGUCGGAAAUCCACACCCCCUAUUCCCACCAGAACCUGAAGUUCGUGUCACCACCAACUUUCGUCCACCACCACCACCCACCCCACCACAACCACCUAUCCACGCUCCAACACCAAACGGUCAUUUACCAUACCCCAACCUACAUGUGCCCUAUCCAAUGCCCGUUCCCCAUCCACCCAUUGCAAUGCCUGUACCCCACCCACCCAUCUUUUCGACCGACUCACCCAUCACCCAUUUCCGAGUCAUCGACAAUGAAAUCUACUAUGCCCAACAAAACGACGUACAUGCCAUCAGUAUUGACGGACUCACCAGAUUGCGUACCUACAGCAACCACACUGCCCCAGUCAACCAAAUCCAAGUCAACGACAAGAAGCUCGUCACAUGUUCACAAGACAAUACCAUCAAGGUUUGGAACAAGGAUUCCGGUGAACGUCUCUACUCUCUCCUCGGUGGAUCACUUCAACAACGUGAAGGUGACCCUAUCCCAGUCGUCGUCGGAUGUUCUGAUAUUAGAUUUGAUCAAUCUCGUGUUAUUGGUUCAUUUAAUAAUAUCAUUAGAGUUUAUAAUUUCAAAAUCUAA